CUCCUAUCCAUCCUUGCUAACUUGGGUAUUCGCUAUUUAUCAUAUUAUGAUUCUGGAGAGAUAGUAAAACACUACUGACAUGGUGCGCCUCGUCACCACCACACCUAUCCUCUCCGCCCUUGAGGCCAUCCCUCCAUCAUCACGAGAACACCUCGACCUCCCCGAAUCUCUGUCACUGGGGAACCCGAUAUCCCACGACCAGAUAAUCCAAAUAUCUCGCUAUUUCCGAGAAACUCGCAACAUUCAAAAUGGUGACCGGAGUCUCGAUUCCCUCCUCCGCGGGACAAAGCUAUACAUCCCUCCACCACCUCCGAAGCCAGAACCCAGCCCCGAAUACCUAGCCCAAAAAGCCCGCCUCCUUGCCGCCGCCGAAUCAGACGCCUACGCACGCAUGCUCUCACAACCCUCCACAGCUUCACACCCAUCAAACCCAUUAUCAUCAUCAUCAUCAUCAUCAUCACACCCCGCAAUAUUCAACUCAACAACAUCCAAACUCGCCGCCCUCCACGACUCCCACUCCGCCACCCAGGAGGACCCAAACUACACAGACCCACUCACGCCCUCCCUCGUCCUAAACAUCUUUCUCUCCGUGCUUAUCACCGGUUUCAGCGUCUACUGGGCGCUGACGUUCCAGAUGCCGGAUAUACUUGUGUCGAAGGUAUCGUCGACGUGGAGGUCUUCGAGACAGGGUUCUCGUGGGGGUGGAGGAGGUGCGUCUGAGGCGGUCCGCGUGCUGGUUUCGAUCUUUGCUGCCCUGGGGGUAGGUGUUGCGGAGGUGUUGAUUUAUGCGAUUUACCUGGGGAAGAUCGAGCAGGCGAGGGGGAAAGAGGGCCGGCUUCGAGAGCGGAAGGAGGUUAUUGGGCGGGAGGAAGUUGGGGGACGAGAUCAGGCUCUUCCCGUUGGGACGGAGGAUGAUGAUGAGAAGGAUAAGGAUGUUAUAUGGGGACGCGGGCCGAAUGGGGGGUUGCGGAGGAGAGUCCGGGAGAAGUGGGAGGAGACGACGAAAGAGCAGGGACAAGAACAGGAUCAGGAUCAGGAUCAAAACCAGGACCAUGAGAAGGCCGGGUGAUAGUAAGUUGGAUCUUUUGUGCUUCCAGCCCAUUGACUGGACUCAUCUACUCAAUCUGCAGUCAUUCCUGGCUGCAGAUGAAGCAGAACAUGUACGAUAUCUCCCAGGAAGAAUUAUUCGAAAAUACAAACAACUAUGAAUGACUGAAAAGAGG